GCUUCGAUAGCUGCGUUCUACGCUGGUCGAAGUAUCUUUGUGACCGGUGGUACUGGCUUCCUGGGGAAAGUAUUGGUCGAGAAACUCUUGAGAUCCUGCCCCGAUGUUGAAGAGAUAUUCAUGUUGAUGCGACCAAAAGGCGGGCUGUCAAUCGACGAGAGGCUGAAGAAAAUGCUCGAUUUACCGCUGUUCGACAAAUUGCGAAAAGAAAGGCCAUCCAAUUUGAAGAAGUUGAUCCCAGUUUAUGGCGACGCGAGCAUCGAGGGUUUGGCUUUACGGCCAGACGAAAGACAGAUGAUCGUCGAACGAGUUUCCGUGAUUUUCCACGUAGCCGCGAACGUUCGAUUCACCGAGGAUCUAAAGAGGGACAUACUCUCGAACGUCCGCUCGACCAGGGACGUUUGCAUUCUCGCGGGAGCUAUGAAAAACUUAGCAUUGAUGCACGUCAGCACCGCGUACGCUCACGUCGACAAGCCGAUCAUUGACGAGAUUAUGUAUCCUCCUCUGACCAACUGGAGAGACGCCAUACUAAUGGUAGAAACCCUGGACGAGCAAAUCGUGCGAACGUUUACUUCCAAGUACUUGGGCUCGAUGCCAAACACGUACACGUUUACCAAGCGACUGGCGGAACAGGUGAUAAGCGAUUACUCGAAAGACCUGCCCACUAUAAUUUUUCGACCAUCGAUAGUGAUAUCUACGAUCGAGGAUCCUAUGUGUGGUUGGUUGGACAACUUCAACGGACCCGUGGGAAUGAUGGUCGCCGGUGCAAAAGGAAUAUUACGAGUAAUUCGUGUAGAACCGUACAUCUGCAACGAUUUCCUGCCUGUCGACAUUGCCAUUAAAAUUAUGAUCACAGCCACGUGGAAACGAGGAUUAGAAACGAUUACCGAAGAUCCGAGCAUUCACAUCUACAAUGGCAGCUCGUAUCAGAUUCAUCACAUCAACGUCAAAGAAGUGACCAUGCUUGGAUUGCAGCUAAACGAAAAGAUGCCAUUCGAAGGGAUAAUCUGGUAUCCUCGAGUCAUUUUAACGCCCAAUCGUCUUCUUCAUUACGUGUUAACGUUGUUCAUGCACGUUCUACCAGCCUUGAUCAUCGACGAAAUCCUUAAAGCUGCUGAAAAUUCAGAAAACCAUCUACCACAGCGUGACGCAAUUGAAUUACUUUUUGUGCAACGAGUGGAUUAUCCACAAUUCCAAUACACUGGAUGCUUUAACGAAGCAAGUUCCACUGGCAGAGCGAGAAAUCUUUGGUUACGAUUAUUCCAAGUUCAACGUGACAGAAUUCUUCAUGUAAGUAAUUAAUCAUUAAGAAUGAUUUAUUAAGGCGUCAACUCUUGUUUCAUUUCUUCACAUUUAAUUCACAUUAUCGAAUUCUCUUUUUAAAUAUUAUUGCCACAAGCAUUCGCUUGCUAUCCACGUACACUAUUUGAAAUCUACAGUUCUCAUGGAAUGAAAUGAUUGUGAAAGAAAAGGAAAGUAUUUGCAUGUAUAAUGUUAUAGUAAAUUGUUGCUUAUUUAGCUUAAUGGAGUAAGUUAUGUGUGUUACCAUCGGAGAAUAGAAAACUAACUUUCUGUUUCUGUGUUUAAGAUUAAUUAUAGCGCCGAGAUAUUCAACUAUAUAUAGAUUCAGUCACGUUCUUUUUUCUUUUUUUUUUUGCAACAUAUUUGCCAGAAGUGAAAUGUACAAUAGAUAUCUAUAAUACAAUGAAUAUUCAAUUGUGCGUUGUCUGUUUGCAUGUUUCUUGUUCACAGACAUGUUUCUUGUCCACAGACAUGUUUUUUGUUCACAGACAUGUUUCUUGUCCACAGACAUGUUUCUUGUUCACAGACAUGUUUCUUGUUCACAGACAUGUUUCUUGUCCAUAGACAUGUUUCUUGUUUUCCACUUCAGCAAAAUGCAGGUCAAUACUGUCUCUGAAUUUGUAUUUUAUCGUCCAUUAUCUGUUGAUUAUCUGUCUAUCAGUUUGAACUAGCCUUUACGAGUACAGAUAUCGGUAAAGAAACGAGAGUUAAAAAUCUCCGCACAAAGCAACACUAAUAAUCAGAUUAAAUAACAAAUGAAUCGUUCAAUGCAAAAGUAGCGUGAGCCUAAUUUAGUUUAACACCGCAUGUCAAACCGCGCUUCAGAAACGAUUGUUUUGUGCAGUAUAACAAGGUAAUAAAAUAACUGUAACAUUCUUUGUUCUUAAUACCAUAUUUCACAGAAUUUUCAUCCUUCUGUUAUUCCUUGUUAGAACUUUUGUGUUAAACACUACAUUUGUGUUGAACGGCACAAACAUGCACACACACCUUUGAACAUGUUUCUAAUUUACAUUUUUAUUCGAUUAGGAAUUGUUCGAUCGGAGUGAAGCGUUAUCUCUUGAACGAGAAUUUCUCGCGACUAGAGGAUACAAGGCGACACUACAACAGGUAACUUCCACCACGACGACAACGUUGUCGGCAACUAAAAGUUUCCCUCCAUCUCGAAACAUUCCGUUUCCGAGGCUCGUUUGAUCGAUCGCGCGUAUUUGUAUUUACCACUGCAAGUUGAUAGUUGACGACAGUGGCGCCACGACUCGUGACUUUUAAUAAUCGCGUUUCGAGAAACCGGGAAACGGGAAGCAGAUUGUGAAAAGCGGAAAAUCCCGGAUAACGUAAUCGCAUCGUCGGUUUAUAUCUCCUCCCACCCGAUCUCUUUUAUAGUCUGUGCCAAUCUCUUCACUUAUCUAAUAUUAUAUAUAUAAUAUAUAUUAAUCUUCUCGACUCGAUCCGAAUAUUUUUUUAGGCUCAAGUACGUCGAUCGAAUAUUCAGCGCUUGCCUAAUCGUAAUUGCAAUAUGGAUACUUUCGAGAGCUGGAAUAUUCUCGUACUUCUUCGAGUGAAUUCGCUCGUAUCCUCUCGCAUCUGCAUCUCGCGAACGUCUAAUCGUUUCUUCGUAAAUUCCAACGGAUCUCGUGCGAUGCGACUGAGGAAGACGAGGUGAGAUUAAUAAAGAAGAAAGAGCAAGAGAGAAUGAGAUCUGUGUCACGACGCUGCAAUUGAUAGCGUUUCUGUACGAAAUAAAACAGAUUUGAGAAAAAUAUACGCGAAUGUAUAUUCUACCAUCUUCCUUUUCUUUCUCAUAUUACUGUAUUUAAGUUGAUCGAGUAUUUAAGAAGUUUCGAUGCAACUAUAAAAACGCACAGUUCAAAUGAAUAUUGAACAGUGCCGUAUAUCAGAAUGAAAUAAACAUAUGCCGAUAUACAGUCUUGAUUUACUAUUCUAAAGAAUUCAAUAUAAAAGUGACAUAAAGAAAUAUCAAAGCUAGCAGUGUAGCAGAAUAGAAUAGCUAAUAUCAAUUUCUUAUAAAUAACAAUAACUUGAAGAUUAAUUUUACAGUUGAGUUACGAGAAGUUAAUUUUCUUAGUUAAACGAUUUCGAGUCAAGAGUGUUACUAUACCCAACCGAAUA